AUGAACGUUCAGCGAAAAACACGACGAGUAACCUCUUUAGACGAGUUUCCUAGCGAAGCUUUCCAGAUACGACGCCUUGUGCAAGGACUUACGGAAAGCAACUAUAAGGCCGUUGUUUCUGAACUUAGUCAGAUUGCAGAUCUUUCUGGACCGGAGGCGAAUCAGCUUAUUCUCCAUUCCUGUCUGAACGUCCUCUUUAGCGACGACCAAGGCGGCGAUGAGAGCGUGGAAUUGAAGCAUCACCUGCUAGCGUCCACAUUAGAGUGCCUUUCGCGUAGAUCCGAUUUUCCGACGACCGUAGCUCGAGCUCUAGGCCAUUUCUCCGAACCUUACAAGGGUUUCCUAAAGAUUUCUUUAGCGAUUAUCAGUCUUCCUGUUGCUGUUCAGCUCCGCUUAGGCGUUGGUCUUGCUGACGUCGGUUCUCCGUUUUGGAAGGAAGAAGCUCUUGACUUAAUCGACUGCGUGAUUGGCGGGUUGCCCGAAGCCGAAGUUUCCGCACUACCAGGCGAUUUGUUUUGGAGCGUGUUUCUGACGUGCUCGUCGUAUCCGAAGCUCAAGGAGCACGCCCUCAUCUUGGAGGAAUCGCUCUGCUGGCGUCUCACCAAAGACCCGUUCCCAGUUUACCUCCUUCCGUUCCUAGAAAAGAGCGGUCCGCUCGGGAAAGAUUUUGUUGACCUGCCUCGAGAUUGGUCCGCCUUCGUCAAUUCCAUCAUGGCGUCAUCUUCCGCGUCCACUUCCGCGUCCGCUUCCGCUUCCGCUUCCAAGGCAAAGGAUAUGGCGUCAGCGAUGGAGGAGCUAGGGUUUGGCUGCACGGACACGGUGGAGCACUGCAAGACCGUGCUCAAGGAGCACAGCGCCUGCAGCAGCAUCAGCGAGGCGGACGUCGCGCGGGUCAUGGGCGUGGUGGCCAAGGGGUCCGUGGAGACGCGCGGUGGCGGCGCUGGGCCGCUCACGUUUUGGAAUGUGGAUGUGCUAGUUGAGGCUAUUGUUCAGCUGGCGCCGAGGCUGAGUUGGUCGUCGGUGAUCAACCAUCUGGACUACCCUGGUUUCUUUGUCAAGGAUCAGAAGGGCUUCAGCGCGCUCGUGCUCAUGCACUCCAAAGCCACCAAGGAGCUCUUCCCCCUGCCAUCCGUAUGUGGCAAGCUGUGGGCGAACGCGGAGGGGCAGCUCUCCUUCCUCCGCCACGCGGUCUCCGCGCCCCCCGAAGUCUUCACCUUCGCGCACUCCCCCCGCCAAACCCCCCCCAUGGACAACCUCCACGGGCACAAGCUCCCCACGGGCACCCCCAACUGCGCCUGGGUCUCCCUAGACCUCCUAGAGGCCCUCUGUAGGGUCGGCGAGACCGGGAGGAAGGCGGAGGUGCUGGAGGUGUUGGGAUACCCGAUAAAGCACUGCCCGGAGGUGCUUAUAGUGGGUCUGGCACAGGUGAAGACGUCCGGAGGGGGGGUGAUUCAGAGGGAGGUGCUGGGGGCGCUGGUUCCGCUGUAUCUGGCGAAUAAUCCGAACUCGAGUAUUGUGCUGCAUGCGCUGUGGGGAGUGCGGGGGGGAAAGGACGUGGUGAUGCAGGCGAUGGUGGGAGUUCACGCCAGCGACCCCUCCAGUAUUGCUCGGCUCCUUGACGUCUGCCAAGACCUCAAGGUCCUCUCAGUGGUUUUGGAGAGCACGCCGUUCUCUUUCUCCCUGGACCUCGCUUCGCUAGCCUCUCGACGCGAGUACCUCAACCUUGAGAAGUGGCUGCAGGAGGCGCUCACUCUGCACCGCGACUCCCUCUUCAAGGCGUGUCUGCAGUUCCUGAGGGCCAAGCUGGUGCAGGACAACCAGGACGCCAGCGCGCAGAGAAUCAACCUGUCACUGGAAACGCUCGCCAUCUUCUUCAAGGUCCUCCAAGCCAACGCGACGCAGCUGCAGGCGCCCGAGCUGGGCGACGAGCUUAAAGCCCUGUACGCGUCCGCGCUGCAGCUGCAUCCGGCGCUGCACACCGUAGCAGUGCCCGAGCAGGCCCCUGCCGACGUGUUUGCGAGCGACAUAGAGGAAGAGGCCAACGCGUAUUUUCAGAAGAUAUACGUGGGGCAGUUGAGCAUUGAGGAGAAAGUGCAUGAGGCAAUCUGGUGCAUUGCAUCUGGUGUAUUGCAUCUGGUGCAUUGCAUCUGGUGCAUUGCAUCUGGUGCAUUGCAUCUGGUGCAUUGCAUCUGGUGCAUUGCAUCUGGUGCAUUGCAUCUGGUGCAUUGCAUCUGGUGCAUUGCAUCUGGUGCAUUGCAUCUGGUGCAUUGCAUCUGGUGCAUUGCAUCUGGUGCAUUGCAUCUGGUGCAUUGCAUCUGGUGCAUUGCAUCUGGUGCAUUGCAUCUGGUGCAUUGCAUCUGGUGCAUUGCAUCUGGUGAAUUGCAUCUGGUGAAUUGCAUCUGGUGCAUUGCAUCUGGUGCAUUGCAUCUGGUGCAUUGCAUCUGGUGCAUUGCAUCUGGUGCAUUGCAUCUGGUGCAUUGCAUCUGGUGCAUUGCAUCUGGUGCAUUGCAUCUGGUGCAUUGCAUCUGGUGCAUUGCAUCUGGUGCAUUGCAUCUGGUGCAUUGCAUCUGGUGCAUUGCUUCUGGUGUAUUGCAUCUGGUGCAUUGCAUCUGGGAGCAAGACGUGUUCGCGUGCAUGAUUCAGAGCCUCUUUGACGAGUACCGCUUCUUCCCGCGCUACCCCGACAAGGAGCUGCGAAUCACGGCUGUCCUCUUCGACGCGCUGAAGAAGCCGCCUGACUCCAAGAUGUUCUCCUUUGGCAUCACCGCGCUGGAGCAGUUCCACCAGCGCCUGCCCGAGUGGCCGCCCUACUGCACGCACAUCCUCCACAUCCCCCACCUGCAGGACGUGCACCCGCGCCUGUAUGCGUUAGUGCAGGCUGCGGCAGCGGCGCCGGCGAGUAAGGGCGUGGCUGGGGAAGGUUUAUCCGGUGCAGGCGGUGCUGCUGCUGCUGCUGGCGGUGGUGGUGGUGGCGGUGCUGCUGGUGCUGGUGGUGCUGGUGGCGCGGGAGGGAAUGGGGAGGGUGGGGUGGUGUCAGGGGCAGGGGCAGGGGCAGGUGGUCUUGGUGCUGUUAGUGGUGCGGCUGCAGCUGGUGCUGCUACUGGUGCUGCUGGCGGUGUUCCCCCUGGUGGGGCUGGUGGUGGAGGCGGGGGAGGGGAUGGUGGAGGUGCCAUUGGUGCUGGCGACAAGGGGAAGGGUGCUUCUGGUGGCGGUGAUACUGGGGGCGUGGGGGCUCAGGAGAAGGCAGGGAAGACAGCGGAUGGUGUUGCAGGGAAGGGAGCAGCGGAGGGAAAGGAUGGGAAGGCAGAGCCGGCUAGUGCAGGGCAAGCUGCUGUGCAGAGUCCUGCUAAGGAUUCCAUUCUGUUCAAGCCCACGGCUGCUGCCUUGGCUCCAGUGGGGGGGUCUGGAGGCUCGCAGAAGCUGGAGGCUCUGCGUCCCCGGGGGGCGUCAGGCUCGGGUGUGUCGACGAGAGCUCCUGCUGCUGGCUUUGGGCAUGCGCUCAACAUUGAGACGCUCAUGGCUGCAGCAGAGAAGCGCGAGAGCCCCAUAGAGAUGCCCUCGCCAGAGGCACAGGACAAGGUGGCGUUCAUAAUCAACAACAUAGCGGCGGCGAAUCUGGACCAGAAGGCCAAGGAGAUCCUGGACGUGCUCAAGGAGCCCUUCUUCCCCUGGUUCGCGGAGUACCUCGUCAUGAAGAGGGCGAGCAUAGAGCCCAACUUCCACGAGCUCUACCUCAAGUUCGUCGACAAGAUGGCGGCCAAGGUGCUGCAGAAAGAAGUGGUCAAGGCGACCUACGAGAACUGCAAGGUUCUGCUGCGCUCGGAGCUGAUCCGGUCCAGCAGUGAGGAGCGCUCCCUGCUCAAGAACAUCGGCAGCUGGCUGGGGCGACUCACCAUUGGUAGGAACCAGCCGCUGCGUGCCAACCAGAUCAACCCGAAGAAUCUAAUCAUUGAGGCGUACGAGAAGGGUCUUAUGAUCGCCAUCAUUCCCUUCACUUCCAAGAUUCUCGAGCCCUGUGCAAACAGCAUAAUCUACCAGCCGCCCAACCCCUGGACCGUGGGCAUCCUGGGUCUUCUGGUGGAGAUUUACAGCCUGCCCAACCUCAAGCUCAACCUCAAGUUCGACAUUGAGGUGCUGUUUAAGAACUUGGGAAUUGAGAUGAAGGAGGUGAAGCCAUCGCAGCUGCUGGUGGGGCGGCAGAGGGAAAUGGAGGGGAAUCCGGAUUUCUCAAACAAGGACCUGCUAGCCGCUCACCUGUCCACUGCAGGAGGAGCGGGAGCAGGAGGAGCAGGGUCAGGAAGGGGUUCCCCUCAGCCUCUUGUGCGAACAGCAGGUGUCGCAGUUUCAGCAGCAGCAACAGCAGCAGCAGCAGCAGCAGCAGCAGCAGCAGCAGCAGCAGCAACAACAGCAGCAGCAGCAGCAGCAGCAACAACAGCAGCAGCAGCAGCAACAGCAGCAGCAGCAGCAACAACAACAACAGCAGCAGCAGCAGCAGCAGCAGCAGCAGCAGCAGCAGCAGCAGCAGCAGCAACAGCAACAGCAACAGCAGCAACAGCAACAGCAACAGCAACAGCAGCAACAGCAACAGCAACAGCAGCAACAGCAACAGCAACAGCAGCAGCAGCUGCAGCAACAACAACAACAACAACAACAGCAACAGCAGCAGCAGCAGCAGCAGCAGCAGCAGCUGCAGCAACAGCAGCAGCAGCAGCAGCAGCAGGAGCAAAUGUCAAUGCAGCAGCAGCAGCAGCAGCAGCAGCAGCAGCAGCAAUCACCGCCGCCGCAGCAGUCCCAGCAGCAGCAGAUGCUGCUGCAGCAUCAUCUGUGUUGCUGCCCAACCUGGCGUCCUACAUCGUCAUCAGCCCCAAGCUUGCUCCAGUGGCGCAGCAACUGCAGCUUGCAAGAAUCGUGCCCGCGUGCAUGGACCGGGCAGUGAGGGAGAUUGUGUCGCCAGUGGUGGAGAGGAGCUGCAGCAUUGCAUGCAUGACCACACGCGAGUUGGUGCUCAAGGACUUUGCAAUGGAGGCGGACGACAGCCGCACACAGAAGGCGGCUAACCUCAUGGUGGCGAGCCUGGCAGGCAGUCUGGCUCUUGUCACGUGCAAGAAGGCGGCCAACCUCAUGGUGGCGAGCCUGGCAGGCAGUCUUGCGCUCGUCACAUGCAAGGUGGGUUGCGGGGUGGUUGUAUGCGGUGAAAGGUGGUGGGUUGUGUGCAGUGCGGUGGGUGUUUGUGGUGGUGAAAUGAUGGUUUGUGUGGCAAUGGUGUGCAUGACUACACGCGAGUUGGUGCUCAAGGACUUUGCAAUGGAGUUGGACGACAGCUGCACACAGAAGGCGGCUAAUCUCAUGGUGGGGAGUCUGGCGGGCAGUCUCGCACUCGUCACAUGCAAGGAGCCGCUGCGUGUGGCGAUGGCAAGCCAUCUGAGGACGCUCCUGCAGGCAGCAUUGGCAGGGGCGGAGCUGGAGCAGGUGGCGCAGCUGCUGACCUCUCUUCGUGCCCCUUAUUCUCACUCUGCCUACCCCUCCCUGCGGUCCCAACAGGAGCCUCUGCGUGUGGCAAUGGCGAAUCACCUGAGGACGCUCCUGCAGGCAGCACUGGCAGGGGCGGAGCUGGAGCAGGUGGCUCAGCUGCUGGUCAGCGACAACCUCGACCUGGGGUGUGCCGUGAUUGAAAAGGCCGCCAGUGAGAAGGCUGUGCGUGAUCUGGAGGAGGUGCUGGGCCCGGCGCUAGCCAUGCGGCGCAAGCAGCGGGAAGCCCUCGGCGCGGCCUACUAUGACGCGUCCAUCUACUCCCAGGGCAGCCUCGCGCGCAUCCCAGAGGCUCUCAGGCCCAAACCCGGGCGGCUCACGCUGGUCCAGCAGAGAAUCUACGAGGAUUUCGUGCACCUGCCCUGGCAGGGGCAGGGGCCGCAGCAGGUGGGGCAGCAGGUGGGGCAGCAGCAGGGUGGAGUGGUUGGUGGAGGUGCUGCCGGUGGGGGAAUGGGAGGGAUGGUUUCGGGGUUGCCUGGAUCGUCCAUGUCUCCUGUACCGUAUGGUGCGUCACAGCAGCAGCAGCAGCUAACAGUGCAGGAUCAGCAGGCACAAGCACAGGCGCAGGCACAGGCACAGGCUCAGGCGCAGGCACAGGCGCAGGCACAGGCACAGGCACAGGCACAGGCACAGGCGCAGCAGCAGCAGGCGGGGAUGGGUUUCCAAGGGGCACCUGGAGCAGGCGGAGCAGCAGCAGGAGCGGCUCAGCUAAUCAACGCCAAUUCCGCCUCCCCGUCGCCUGCCCAGCUGAUCGCAGCAGAAAUCGAACGACCCGGCUCAGCAGCAGCAGCAGCUGCUGCGGGUGGUGUGGGGCCCCCUGGCAUGCCCCUUGGUGUGCCAGGCGCUGCUCCCGGCUCUGUCCCUGGUAGUGGUGUCCCUAGCGCUGCCCCUGGCGCUGUGGCAGGCCCCCCUGGGCUGCCCAAGAUCCCCAUGGGCGCUGAGGGCCCCCUGGCGUAUGCUGGCAGCCCCGCCCCUCCCAUGGACCUCCCAGGCCUCAACCAGCAGGUGGAUUCAUCAGCCAUGCCACAGGCAGCUAACACUCCUCCCGACCACGAGAUCAAGGCGCAGGCAGUGGCGUUGUUUGACGACUGGGUGCGGGUGAGCGAGGCGGCGGCGGCGGGCAGCAACGACAAGGCAGUGGUGGUGUUUCUCUCGCAGCUGCAGCACUCCUCGCUGCUCGCCUCAGAGGACGCCGCCGAGAGGCUAUUCCGCACGCUCACCGACAUGGUCGUUGCGCACUGCCUCGCCUCCUCCCAGCCCCUCAACCCGCCCCCGCCUGCCGCCCCUGGGAGCGGCCAGGUGCCGCCGGCCCGAGGGCUGAAUUUCACGGCUGUGGACAUGUUCAGUCGCCUCGUGGUGCUCCUGAUCAAGUAUUACGUGGACUUGGGAGGCAACGCGAAUCUGAGCAAGGUGAAUCUGCUGAACAAGGUGCUGUCAGGCGUGGUGAGGGUCAUCCACCGCCAGGCGGACGAGCGCCGCCUCACCAACCCGCGCCCCUUCUUCCGCCUCCUCGCCAACCUUCUCAUUGAUUUGAACGCACCCGACCCCAACUUCGAUGCUGCCAGUCACCAGGUGCUCACCACCCUGGCGGCCACCUUCCAUGCCUUGCAGCCCCUUCGAGUGCCCUCGUUCAGCUUCGCCUGGUUGGAGCUCAUCUCCCAUAGAUCUUUCAUGCCCAAGCUGCUGCUCUUCCCCGGCCAGAAGGGGUGGCCCUGGUUCCAGCGUCUGCUGCUCUCGCUCUUCAAGUUCAUGGAGCCCUACCUCAGGGACGCAGAGCUCAGUGACCCGAUCCGCCUGAUGUACAAGGGAGCUAUUCGCGUGCUGCUGGUGCUGCUGCACGACUUCCCCGAGUUCCUCUGCGACUACCACUUCAGCUUCUGCGACAUCAUCCCCCCCACGUGCAUCCAAAUGCGCAACCUUGUCCUCUCCGCCUUUCCCCGCAACAUGCGCCUCCCCGACCCCUUCACUCCAAACCUCAAGGUCGACCUGCUGCCGGAGAUCAGCCAGCCUCCUCGGAUAUUGUCCGAUGUCGAAGCAACGCUAAGAGCCAAGGGGCUCAAAGCCGAAGUUGAUGAGUACCUGCAGACGCGCCAGCCGCCCUCCUUCCUCUCUGCCAGCCUCAAGCAGCGCCUGCUGCUGCCACCCGCUGAAGCCGUGCAGAGCGGCACCAAGUACAACGUGCCUCUGCUCAACAGCCUCGUGCUCUACGUCGGUAUGCAGGCAAUCCAGCAGCUGCAGAGCAAGGCUACCCCGCAGCAGCUGGCCGUCCCCACGGCGCCCAUCACCCACAGUGCCCCCAUGGACGUGUUUCAGCGCCUGCUGUCUCAUCUGGACUCGGAGGGGCGGUACCUGUUUCUGAACGCCGUGGCGAACCAGCUGCGGUACCCCAACAACCACACGCACUACUUCUCCUGCGUGCUGCUCUACCUCUUUGCCGAGGCCAACCAGGAAAUCGUCCAGGAGCAGAUCACACGUGUGCUGCUGGAGCGGCUGAUUGUCAACCGGCCACACCCAUGGGGUCUCCUCAUCACCUUCAUUGAGCUCAUCAAGAAUCCGAGGUACAAUUUUUGGAGCCACGGUUUCACGCGGUGUGCACCGGAGAUCAAGAAGCUGUUUGAGUCGGUGGCACGGUCAUGCAUGGGGCCGCCACCCAAGAUGGACGAAGACGUGCAUACUGCUGUUCCGCAGCAGGCUUGA